ACACGAAACAGGAUAUAAAGGAGCUGGAGCUUUGAGGGACGUCAGACAGAGACUUCUCCAGCCCAGCCCAGUCAGGAUCUCUGAGUCCAUCUCUCUCUCUCUGCCGGCGGCCGCAUCUGCUGCUCAUCUUCCUGCCUGCCCGACGGCUGCACCUCUGUGGUGCCUCGUUCCAGCUGCGGUUCAAAUUCUUCGGGAUUCUCUGUGAAAAGCUUAGCCAGAGCUUAAGAGAGACAAGAUGACGGAUGCCCAGAUGGCUGACUUUGGGGCAGCGGCCCAGUACCUCCGCAAGUCCGAGAAGGAGCGCCUGGAGGCCCAGACUCGGCCCUUUGACAUCCGCACAGAGUGCUUCGUGCCUGACGACAAGGAGGAGUAUGUCAAGGCCAAGGUCGUGUCCCGGGAGGGUGGCAAGGUCACGGCCGAGACUGAAAAUGGCAAGACAGUGACCAUAAAAGAGGACCAGGUGAUGCAGCAGAACCCGCCCAAGUUCGACAAGAUCGAGGACAUGGCCAUGCUCACCUUCCUGCACGAACCGGCAGUGCUGUACAACCUCAAGGAGCGCUACGCAGCCUGGAUGAUCUACACCUACUCAGGCCUCUUCUGCGUCACCGUCAACCCCUACAAGUGGCUGCCGGUGUACAAUGCUGAAGUGGUGGCUGCCUACCGGGGCAAGAAGAGGAGCGAGGCCCCGCCCCACAUCUUCUCCAUCUCUGAUAACGCCUAUCAGUACAUGCUGACGGAUCGGGAGAACCAGUCCAUCCUCAUCACUGGAGAAUCCGGCGCGGGGAAGACUGUGAACACGAAGCGUGUCAUCCAGUACUUUGCCAGCAUUGCGGCCAUAGGGGACCGUAGCAAGAAGGACAAUCCCAAUGCGAACAAGGGCACCCUGGAGGACCAGAUUAUCCAGGCUAACCCCGCUCUGGAGGCCUUCGGCAACGCCAAGACCGUCAGGAAUGACAACUCCUCCAGAUUCGGGAAGUUCAUCAGGAUCCACUUCGGAGCCACUGGGAAGCUGGCUUCUGCAGACAUAGAGACCUACCUUCUGGAGAAGUCUCGGGUGAUCUUCCAGCUCAAGGCUGAGAGGAACUACCACAUCUUCUACCAGAUCCUGUCCAACAAGAAGCCGGAGCUGCUGGACAUGCUGCUGGUCACCAACAACCCCUACGACUACGCCUUCGUGUCUCAGGGAGAGGUGUCUGUGGCCUCCAUCGAUGACUCCGAGGAGCUUUUGGCCACUGAUAGCGCCUUUGACGUGCUGAGCUUCACGGCGGAGGAGAAGGCAGGUGUCUACAAGCUGACAGGCGCCAUCAUGCACUAUGGAAACAUGAAGUUCAAGCAGAAGCAGCGGGAAGAACAGGCAGAGCCGGACGGCACCGAAGAUGCCGACAAGUCCGCCUACCUCAUGGGGCUGAACUCAGCCGACCUGCUCAAGGGGCUGUGCCACCCUCGGGUGAAAGUGGGCAACGAGUAUGUCACCAAGGGGCAGAGUGUCCAGCAGGUGUACUACUCCAUCGGGGCACUGGCCAAGUCAGUGUACGAGAAGAUGUUCAACUGGAUGGUGACCCGCAUCAACGCAACCCUGGAGACCAAGCAGCCACGCCAGUACUUCAUAGGUGUCCUGGACAUCGCCGGCUUUGAGAUCUUCGAUUUCAACAGCUUCGAGCAGCUGUGCAUCAACUUCACCAACGAGAAGCUGCAGCAGUUCUUCAAUCACCACAUGUUCGUGCUGGAGCAGGAGGAGUACAAGAAGGAGGGCAUCGAGUGGGAGUUCAUCGACUUCGGCAUGGACCUGCAGGCCUGCAUCGACCUCAUCGAGAAGCCCAUGGGCAUCAUGUCCAUCCUGGAGGAGGAGUGCAUGUUCCCCAAGGCCUCAGACAUGACCUUCAAGGCCAAGCUGUAUGACAACCACCUGGGCAAGUCCAACAACUUCCAGAAGCCUCGCAACGUCAAGGGGAAACAGGAAGCCCACUUCUCGUUGGUGCACUAUGCGGGCACCGUGGACUACAACAUCAUGGGCUGGCUGGAAAAGAACAAGGACCCCCUCAAUGAGACCGUGGUCGGCUUGUACCAAAAGUCCUCCCUCAAGCUCAUGGCCACACUCUUCUCCACCUAUGCUUCUGCUGAUGCUGGCGACAGUGGUAAAGGCAAAGGAGGCAAGAAGAAAGGUUCAUCCUUCCAGACAGUGUCUGCUCUCCACCGGGAAAAUCUGAACAAGCUGAUGACAAACCUGAGGACCACACACCCUCACUUUGUGCGCUGCAUCAUCCCCAAUGAGCGGAAGGCUCCAGGGGUGAUGGACAACCCCCUGGUCAUGCACCAGCUGAGAUGCAAUGGGGUGCUGGAGGGCAUCCGCAUCUGCAGGAAGGGCUUCCCCAACCGAAUUCUUUACGGGGACUUCCGCCAGAGGUACCGCAUCCUGAAUCCAGCAGCCAUCCCUGAGGGCCAAUUCAUUGACAGCAGGAAAGGGGCCGAGAAGCUGCUGGGCUCCCUGGACAUUGACCACAACCAGUACAAGUUCGGCCACACCAAGGUGUUCUUCAAGGCGGGGCUGCUGGGGCUGCUGGAGGAGAUGCGUGAUGAGAGGCUGAGCCGCAUCAUCACCAGAAUCCAGGCUCAGGCCCGAGGCCAGCUCAUGCGCAUUGAGUUCAAGAAGAUAGUGGAACGCAGGGACGCCCUGCUGGUAAUCCAGUGGAACAUCCGGGCCUUCAUGGGGGUCAAGAAUUGGCCAUGGAUGAAGCUCUACUUCAAGAUCAAGCCACUGCUGAAGAGCGCGGAGACGGAGAAGGAGAUGGCCAACAUGAAGGAAGAGUUUGGGCGAGUCAAAGAAUCACUGGAGAAAUCUGAGGCUCGGCGGAAGGAACUGGAGGAGAAGAUGGUGUCCCUGCUGCAGGAGAAGAACGACCUGCAGCUCCAAGUGCAGGCGGAACAAGACAACCUCAAUGAUGCCGAGGAGCGCUGCGACCAGCUGAUCAAGAACAAGAUCCAGCUGGAGGCCAAGGUGAAGGAGAUGACCGAGAGGCUGGAGGAUGAGGAGAAAGAGUUCGACAUUAAUCAGCAGAACAGUAAAAUUGAGGAUGAGCAGGCCUUGGCUCUUCAGCUGCAGAAGAAACUGAAGGAAAACCAGGAGAAGAGCGAGUUCAAGCUGGAGCUGGAUGACGUCACCUCCAACAUGGAGCAGAUCAUCAAGGCCAAGGCAAACCUGGAGAAAGUGUCUCGGACCCUGGAGGACCAGGCCAAUGAAUACCGGGUAAAGCUGGAGGAAUCUCAGCGCUCGCUCAAUGACUUCACCACUCAGCGAGCCAAGCUGCAGACGGAGAAUGGAGAGCUGGCGAGGCAGCUGGAAGAGAAGGAGGCGCUGAUUUCCCAGCUGACCCGAGGCAAGCUCUCCUACACCCAGCAGAUGGAGGACCUCAAGAGGCAGCUGGAGGAGGAAGGCAAGGCCAAGAAUGCCCUGGCCCACGCACUGCAGUCAGCCCGGCAUGAUUGUGACCUGCUGCGGGAACAGUAUGAGGAGGAAAUGGAGGCCAAGGCCGAGCUACAGCGUGUCCUGUCCAAGGCCAACUCAGAGGUGGCCCAGUGGAGGACCAAGUAUGAGACAGACGCCAUCCAGAGGACGGAGGAGCUGGAGGAAGCCAAGCACCUGGAGACCUUUAAGAGGGAGAACAAGAACCUUCAGGAGGAGAUCUCAGACCUGACUGAGCAGCUGGGAGAAGGGGGGAAAAAUGUGCAUGAGCUGGAAAAGAUCCGCAAGCAGCUGGAGGUGGAGAAACUGGAGCUGCAGUCGGCCCUGGAGGAGGCUGAGGCCUCCCUGGAGCAUGAGGAGGGCAAGAUCCUCCGCGCCCAGCUGGAGUUCAACCAGAUCAAGGCAGAGAUCGAAAGGAAGCUGGCAGAGAAGGACGAGGAGAUGGAGCAGGCCAAGCGCAACCACCUGCGGGUGGUGGACUCCCUGCAGACCUCCCUGGAUGCAGAGACGCGCAGCCGCAAUGAGGCCCUGCGGGUGAAGAAGAAGAUGGAGGGCGACCUCAAUGAGAUGGAGAUCCAGCUCAGUCAGGCCAAUAGAAUAGCCUCAGAGGCCCAGAAGCACCUGAAGAAUUCCCAAGCCCACUUGAAGGACACUCAGCUCCAGCUGGACGAUGCCCUCCACGCCAAUGACGACCUGAAGGAGAACAUCGCCAUCGUGGAGAGACGCAACACCCUGCUGCAGGCAGAGCUGGAGGAGCUGCGGGCUGUGGUGGAGCAGACCGAGCGAUCCAGGAAGCUGGCAGAGCAGGAGCUGAUUGAGACCAGUGAGCGGGUGCAGCUGCUGCACUCCCAGAACACCAGCCUCAUCAACCAGAAGAAGAAGAUGGACGCAGACCUGUCCCAGCUCCAGACUGAGGUGGAAGAGGCCGUGCAGGAGUGUAGGAAUGCAGAGGAGAAGGCCAAGAAGGCCAUCACAGAUGCCGCCAUGAUGGCGGAGGAGCUGAAGAAGGAGCAGGACACCAGCGCCCACCUGGAGCGCAUGAAGAAGAACAUGGAGCAGACCAUCAAGGACCUGCAGCACCGGCUGGAUGAAGCAGAGCAGAUCGCCCUCAAGGGCGGCAAGAAGCAGCUGCAGAAGCUGGAGGCCCGGGUUCGGGAGCUGGAGAAUGAGCUGGAGGCUGAGCAGAAGCGCAAUGCGGAGUCUGUGAAGGGCAUGAGGAAGAGUGAGCGCCGCAUCAAGGAGCUCACCUACCAGACCGAGGAGGACAAGAAGAACCUGCUGAGGCUGCAGGACCUGGUGGACAAGCUGCAGCUGAAGGUGAAGGCCUACAAGCGCCAGGCUGAGGAGGCGGAGGAGCAGGCCAACACCAACCUGUCCAAGUUCCGCAAGGUGCAGCAUGAGCUGGAUGAGGCCGAGGAGAGGGCGGACAUCGCCGAGUCCCAGGUCAACAAGCUGCGGGCCAAGAGCCGUGACAUUGGUGCCAAGAAAAUGCACGAUGAGGAAUGAUGCGGCCUGAAGAACCUUGCUGUUGCUAGCCCACAAUAAACACAGAUACCCGA